CCCAUUUUGAUUGGUCUAUUCCGUUGGCGUCUGCUCUUUGCGGCGCUUAUUCGUGAAUUCAAGCAUGGAGCCAAUACUUUGCGAGGCGUCGGUCACCGGUGCGGCAGCCAUUUUGCGGUGGCUUACUUAUGAAAUUUUAAGAAGUGAAAUAUAUCGUGCUGAAUUGCUGCAAUCACAUUUGUUUUUAACUAAGGAUUGAUGUACAAUUGAAAAUGUACCUUUACAAUUUGACUCUGCAAGGCUCUACAGCCAUUACUCAUGCGGUGCAUGGUAAUUUUUCUGGUACAAAACAACAAGAAAUAGUGAUAUCACGUGGAAAAACUUUAGAGCUGCUUCGACCGGAUCCUAACACAGGAAAAGUACACACAUUGAUGAAAGUGGAGAUAUUUGGCAUCAUACGAUCUAUGAUGUCAUUUCGUCUUACCGGCGGCACUAAAGAUUAUAUUGUGAUUGGCUCAGAUUCGGGCAGAAUUGUUAUUCUUGAAUAUAUCGCAAACAAGAACAUUCUAGAGAAGGUACAUCAAGAAACAUUUGGGAAGUCUGGUUGCAGACGCAUUGUUCCCGGACAAUAUUUGGCCAUUGACCCCAAAGGAAGAGCGGUUAUGAUUGGUGCAAUAGAAAAGCAAAAGUUGGUGUACAUUCUGAACAGAGAUGCGGAGGCUAGAUUGACAAUUUCAUCACCGCUAGAGGCUCAUAAAUCUAACACAUUGGUUUACCACAUGGUGGGAGUGGAUGUUGGUUUUGAAAACCCAAUGUUUGCAUGUUUGGAAAUUGAUUAUGAAGAAGCUGAUUCUGAUCCUACUGGUGAAGCUGCUCAAAAAACACAACAGACAUUAACAUUCUACGAAUUAGAUUUGGGCUUGAACCAUGUAGUGAGAAAAUAUUCCGAACCAUUGGAGGAGCAUGCAAACUUUCUUAUAACAGUUCCUGGAGGCAAUGAUGGUCCUUCUGGAGUGCUUAUAUGUUCAGAAAACUACCUAACAUACAAAAACUUGGGUGAUCAACAUGACAUCCGUUGUCCUAUACCAAGAAGACGUAAUGAUUUGGAUGAUCCUGAAAGAGGAAUGAUAUUUGUAUGCUCUGCUACACACAAAACUAAAUCCAUGUUUUUCUUCCUGGCACAAACUGAACAGGGUGAUAUAUUUAAAAUUACAAUUGAAACUGAUGAUGAUAUGGUAACUGAAAUAAAACUCAAAUAUUUUGAUACUGUGCCUGUCGCAACAUCCAUGUGUGUAUUGAAAACUGGAUUUCUCUUUGUCGCCUGUGAAUUUGGUAACCACUACUUGUACCAAAUUGCACAUUUGGGAGAUGAAGAUGAUGAACCGGAAUUCAGUUCUGCAAUGCCUUUAGAGGAAGGAGAUACAUUCUUCUUUGCUCCCAGACCUCUAAGGAAUUUAGUUUUGGUUGAUGAAUUGGACUCACUAUCACCUAUAUUAGCAUGUCGCGUGGCGGAUUUGACUGGCGAAGAUACACCUCAAGUAUACUUAGCAUGUGGUCGAGGACCUAGAUCUUCUUUAAGAGCUUUAAGACAUGGUUUAGAAGUAGCAGAAAUGGCGGUCUCUGAACUGCCAGGCUCUCCCAAUGCUGUAUGGACAGUCAGAAGACACAAAGAUGAGGAAUAUGACUCUUACAUCAUAGUGUCGUUCGUGAACGCGACUCUUGUGCUGUCUAUUGGGGAAACUGUUGAAGAAGUGACGGACUCUGGUUUCUUGGGGACCACGCCGACGCUGUGCUGCCACGCGCUGGGCAGCGAUGCUUUAGUGCAAGUGUACCCGGACGGUAUAAGACACAUAAGAGCAGACAAACGUGUCAAUGAAUGGAAGGCUCCGGGCAAGAAGUCCAUCGUGAAAUGCGCCGUCAAUCAAAGACAAGUCGUUAUUGCACUUACUGGAGGAGAACUUGUGUACUUUGAAAUGGAUCCUACUGGGCAGUUAAAUGAAUAUACAGAAAGAAAAAAACUAUCAUCAGAUGUGUCUUGUAUGGCGCUAGGAUCUGUAGCGACCGGGGAACAACGGGCUUGGUUCUUGGCUGUUGGAUUAAAUGACAACACUGUCAGGAUUAUUUCAUUAGACCCAUCGGAUUGUCUAGCACCUCGUUCUAUGCAAGCUCUUCCCGCUGGUGCAGAGUCUCUCUGCAUUGUUGAACAGCCAUUUGAAUCUGGUGCAAAAUCUGCACUACAUUUAAACAUAGGUUUAAGCAAUGGUGUACUUCUGAGAACAACUUUAGAUUCUGUCAGUGGGGAUUUAGCUGAUACAAGGACUAGAUACUUAGGUUCAAGACCAGUGAAGUUAUUCAAAGUGAGAGUGCAUGGUGCGGAGGCAGUUUUGGCUGUGUCGUCUAGGACUUGGCUGGGAUACCAUUAUCAAAAUCGCUUCCAUUUAACACCUCUCUCAUAUGAAUGCUUGGAGUAUGCGGCCGGUUUUAGUUCAGAACAAUGUGCGGAAGGUAUUGUCGCCAUUUCGUCGAAUACUCUAAGGAUUCUUGCAUUGGAGAAGCUGGGAGCUGUGUUCAACCAAACUUACCUGCCCUUAGACUAUACACCUCGCAAAUUCGUUAUUAACUCUGACAGCAAUCAUAUUAUAGUAUUGGAGACUGAUCACAAUGCAUACACUGAGGAAAUGAAAAAGCUAAGAAGAGUUCAAAUGGCACAGGAGAUGAGGGAAGCUGCGACGGGCGGAGGGCCGGAAGAACAACAGUUGGCCAAUGAAAUGGCAGAUGCCUUCCUAUCUGAUGUGCUGCCAGAAAAUGUAUUCUCUUCACCGAAAGCAGGAGCGGGUAUGUGGGCGUCUCAGAUCCGCGUGGUGGAGAUGGGCGGCGGCGCGGGCGGCGCGCAGGCCAGCACGCUGUACAAGCUGCCGCUGGAGCAGAACGAGGCGGCCGUGUCCAUGUGCAUCGUGUACUGGACUGCGCACGCGCACCUCGGCCUGCCGCACCUCGUCGUCGGCGUCGCCAAGGACAUGGUGCUCUCGCCCAGGUCCUGCAGCGAGGGCAGUCUGCAUGUGUACAAGAUAUUCUCCAGUACUGGCAAACUGGAACUAGUCCAUAAAACACCAAUAGACGACUACCCCGGCGCACUGGCCGCCUUCAACGGCAGGCUGAUGGCGGGCGUCGGCCGCAUGCUCAGGAUGUACGACAUCGGCCGCCGCAAGCUGCUCAGGAAAUGCGAAAACAGACACAUUCCAAAUCUAAUCGCCGACAUUAAAACUAUAGGCCAGAGAAUUUUUGUCGCCGACGUACAAGAAUCAGUAUUCUGCGUUAAGUAUAAGAAGAGAGAGAAUCAAUUGAUUAUAUUCGCCGAUGAUACAAAUCCGAGAUGGAUAACGAACACUUGUGUACUGGAUUACGACACAGUCGCGAUGUCCGACAAGUUCGGCAACGUGGCCGUCAUGAGGCUGCCGCACUCCGUCAGCGACGACGUCGACGAGGACCCCACCGGCAACAAGGCGCUCUGGGAUAGAGGUUUACUGAACGGAGCGUCUCAAAAGGGCGAGGUGGUGGUGAACUUCCACGUGGGCGAGACGGUGACGUCACUGCAGCGCGCCACGCUGAUCCCGGGCGGCAGCGAGGCGCUGCUGUACGCCACGGCGGGCGGCGCGCUCGGCGCGCUGCUGCCCUUCACCUCGCGCGAGGACCACGACUUCUUCCAGCACCUCGAGAUGCACAUGCGCAGCGAGAACGCGCCCCUCUGCGGCAGGGACCACCUCUCCUUUAGGAGCUACUACUAUCCGGUCAAAAACGUGAUAGACGGCGACUUGUGCGAGCAGUUCAACUCGCUGGAGCCGGCCAAGCAGAAGGCCAUCGCCGGCGACCUCGAGCGCACGCCCGCUGAGGUCUCCAAAAAACUGGAAGACAUUAGAACCAGAUAUGCAUUCUAAAGUGAUUACCUCUUAAUAACAUUAAGUAAUAAAAUAAGUUUAGUUCCUAA